CACGUAUCGAGGUGUAUCCUGGCAACUGCUCUUGGGUUUGGACGAUUUUAACUCGUCCGUUUUCGGGAAUGCGACUCUCCUCGCAACAGCUUGAAAUGUUGCUGUGGUUACAUUCAUGGGUCCUUUGCUAGACAGCGGGACCGCACCGUUUUCGCAGUCUGGUAUAAAUAGGAGACCAUGGGAUAGGAAGCAUACAGGAGGGAUAGGUUGGCGCAAGUAACUUUACAGACUCCAAAUUCACGAAAAAUUUGACGAAAGGGAACAAGGAUAUCAAAGAAAAAUCAUCUAUCAGAGACAUGGCUCCUCAUCAGUUUACCAUUCCUCCUGAGUUCCAGGGCGAUCUCAAAUAUGUCGAACCUCGUCAUGCGCGGACAGACGAGGAAAUCAUCUCGGCUCUCAACGCCUUUACGCCGGUGGAGUCAGAGAAAAAUAUCUGGGCAUUCUGGGAUUCAGGGAUCCAAUCUAUGCCCGGUUGGUGCAAGCGCAACGUGGCAAACUGGUCUCGUCUUUGCGGUCCAUCGUGGACAAUUCGUGUGCUAGAUGCCGUUCCUGACUCCCCCAACUACGCGUUAAAAUACCUACCGGCAGACAUGCUCCCUGAGGCAUUCACCAAGGGGACUAUGGACGGUCCGUACACUGGCCCACAUAGCGCGGACUUUCUGCGCGGCGCAUGUUUAUAUCUCCACGGAGGGGUGUUCAUGGAUGUAGGGAUCCUGCUCGUUCUCGACCUUGAUCGAGUGUGCUGGUCUACGCUUGCAGACGACAGUUCUCCCAAGAACGUUGCCGUGCCCUGUAUGUAUGAUGGGGUGAUGGCAAACCAUUUCGUGGCUAGCCGUAAAGGCGACCCAUUCAUCAAGAGAUGGCACGACCUAUUUGUUCAUCUUUGGGGUAACAGAACGUCUCACGCGGGAAUGGCUAGCAGUCCGCUCCUGUCAUAUGCUGCGCAACUGGACCUCACUGCAGCAGCGCAGAACGGAUACCAGUUCGAGUUCUCAGUUGACGCAAUGACCGUGUUGGAGUACAUCACCCAGGUUCUUUGCUGGGGGCGCCUGUGCAGACUCGAAGACGCGGGGGACGGGUUCAGCUGCGCCGAUUAUGCUGCGGAUAAUAUCCUCUGGUUCGAUUCUCUCAAGGAGGAUUGGGCGCUUGAGACUAUUGUUGGUUUCCGCGGGCAAAAUGCUUUCGACGCCCUCUCUACACGUCUAGACGCAGACCCGGAAUCUGAGGAGUACAAAACUGCGUAUAAGGCGGUGUGGCGUGUGCUCACACAUUCCUCAAUGCAGAAAGUCAGUCAUGCCAAAAAAUUAUCACCAUCACCCGGAUUAGGAUAUCUUUGGGAUGACAAGGACGGCGCCGAUUGUGAGCCAGGGACAUUUGGGGAACUUUUGAGAUAUGGAAGUGUGUAUUUUGAACAAACGAGGGAGAGCAUUGCCAUUGUUCAACUUGAGAAGCGGAAGGAUACAUUUAGGAAAGGAGUGUUUGAGCCAUGAAAGAUCGUGAAUAUUCGCUUUGAUCCGCAGUAUAAACCAGGGACAGGGGGCAUCAAGGUGUUAUCCCAGUUUAUUUUGCAGCUCCAUACUAGGUGCCCAGCUUGAAUGAUAGAGUAUAUUCACUUAUCAAACCAAAUUUUGGUUCUGUAAAAUAAAAAUAAAAAAGUUCCUGGAGAAAAUCAGCGAGAAGGGAGACCGCGCAAAAGACCACA